AGCAGUAUUUAUUGCUCCAGAACCAGGGCGGAUUCGUCAUCAUUUCGGCGUUUGACUUUAUUUUGGGAUACAGAUUCGUACUAUUGACCUCGCGAUGAGCUGUUGCACCGCCGAGGACCAGGCCAAACGGCUCUUCGAAGCGACCAGCCCCGUCCAACCAUCAGCAGUCGAAGAACUCUUCAACCAACUCCAACCGAUAAAGCCCUCAUUCCUGAUUGGCGAAUGGGACGGAAAUAGCCUGGACACCGGCCAUCCCGGUCUCAAGCUGCUCCAGGCGAUGCGGUGGGCGGGUAAGACAUUUCGAUCCGUGGAUGACGCCGAUCCGAUUGUGACGCUGGACGAUGCUGGCAAUCGCAUCUGGAAAGAGGAGUACGGUAAUGCUGUGGUACGAGAAAUGGCGUUUCGCGGAGUCGUUUCGGCGGCGAUGAUCUACGACACCAAGCCCAUCAUGGACCAUUUUCGAUACGUGGACGAAAAGACAGUGCUGGGUGUGAUGGAAACCCCCAAGCAGGCUGGAAGCGGAACCUUUUAUUUCUAUCUGCAGCGUCGUGCUUCUGUCUAAGUGUCUACCAAUAA